AGUGAAGGCGUGCGCGCUCUGCUCCGUCCGUGGAGGGAAGCUGCACGCGUGAUGCUUGUGACAUAAUGGUGGAAAAGACAAGUAGAGAACACAUUUCAUCUCUGUCCUGGUAGCUCAUCAACUGUCGAACCCGUUCUAGCUGUUGUUGUGGACUCUUGCGCCCCGCGGACUCGACAGCUGCUCGUCAUAGCUGCCGGCUCGGACUGAACGACGCCCUGGACCGCAACAAAAUGCCGAAUAUCAAAAUAUUCAGCGGCAGCUCACAUCCGGACCUGUCUCAGAAAAUAGCAGACCGCCUGGGUCUCGAGCUCGGGAAGGUGGUCACAAAAAAAUUCAGCAACCAAGAGACUUGUGUCGAAAUAGGCGAGAGUGUGCGGGGAGAAGAUGUCUACAUUGUCCAGAGUGGCUGUGGGGAAAUUAAUGACAAUUUAAUGGAGCUGUUGAUAAUGAUCAACGCCUGCAAGAUUGCCUCGGCCUCCAGAGUCACAGCUGUCAUCCCCUGCUUCCCGUACGCCCGGCAAGACAAGAAGGACAAGGUGGGGAGUCGUGCCCCUAUCUCAGCCAAGCUGGUGGCCAACAUGUUGUCAGUGUCAGGCGCCGACCAUAUCAUUACAAUGGACUUGCAUGCCUCACAGAUACAGGGGUUCUUUGAUAUUCCAGUUGAUAACUUGUAUGCAGAGCCAGCUGUGUUGAAAUGGAUCAAAGAGAACAUCGCUGAGUGGAAAAAUUGUACCAUUGUCUCACCUGACGCAGGAGGAGCUAAGAGGGUCACCUCAAUAGCAGACAGGCUGAAUGUGGACUUUGCUCUUAUUCACAAAGAGAGGAAAAAAGCAAAUGAGGUCGACCGCAUGGUUCUUGUUGGAGAUGUGAAGGAUCGGGUUGCCAUUCUCGUGGAUGACAUGGCUGACACAUGUGGCACAAUCUGCCAUGCUGCUGACAAACUAAUCUCCGCUGGUGCCACAAAGGUGUAUGCCAUCCUCACACAUGGCAUCUUCUCUGGCCCAGCUAUCUCACGCAUCAACAACGCCUGCUUUGAAGCUGUGGUGGUCACCAAUACAAUCCCUCAGGAGGAGAAGAUGAGACACUGUCCCAAAAUACAGGUUAUUGACAUCUCCAUGAUCCUCGCUGAAGCCAUCCGUAGAACUCACAACGGAGAGUCCGUGUCGUACCUGUUCAGCCACGUCCCCUUGUAACAAAUGACGUUUUAUCCCGUCAACCUGUGUGCUGUUACACCAAAGAGGGAAGACGGAGCUCCCCCUUAACCUCAACGCAACCAUUAGCUAAAAUGUUUAGCUAACUAACCGUUUAAAAAAAAAAAAGAAAGAAAAGGAACUGUCGUGUCUGUUACUAAUGCUCAUUUGAGUUUCCUUCACCCUUGAGCAAAAUAAUGGCAAGCUACUAUAUUUAUUGUACGUGGGUUUAAAAAAAGAAAUCUCAAAGAACUUUGCGCGCCUUUCAUAACAUUAACAUACAGAGAUUCUCCUGGCCAUUUCACCUCUGUGAGAGACUUUUCAGUCAGAGCUUGUAUGAAUAUUAUAGGGAAGUGGUCAGGAGAAGGAUCUGUUGAAUUGAGCUGUUACAGUGCUUUUUGUGUUUUGUUACUAUAUGAUCAAGUAUACUUUUUCAUGUC